AGCCGAGCGGGCACCAUGGGCAGCAAAGAGCGAUAUCACUGGCAGAUGCAGAAUGUCAAGCAGAGCGGGGUGGAUGACAUGGUCCUCCUCUCCAAGAUCCACGAGGACGCCAUCGUGGAGAACCUCCGCAAGAGGUUCAUGGAUGACUACAUCUUUACAUAUAUCGGUCCCGUCCUGAUCUCUGUGAACCCCUUCAAGCAGCUGCCCUACUUCACGGACCGUGAGAUUGAUAUGUACCAGGGGGCGGCCCAGUACGAAAACCCUCCCCACAUCUAUGCGCUGGCGGAUCAGAUGUACCGCAACAUGUUGAUCGACAGCGAGAACCAGUGUGUGAUCAUCAGUGGGGAGAGCGGCGCUGGCAAAACCGUGGCAGCCAAAUACAUCAUGAGUUACGUCUCCAAGGUGUCCGGCGGAGGGCCCAACGUCCAGCACGUAAAAGACAUCAUCCUGAAAUCCAACCCGCUUCUGGAGGCGUUUGGGAAUGCGAAGACGGUGCGGAACAACAAUUCAAGUCGAUUUGGCAAAUAUUUUGAGAUCCAGUUCAGCCGCGGUGGGGAGCCGGACGGAGGCAAAAUCUCCAACUUCCUGCUGGAGAAAUCCCGUGUGGUCAGCCAGAACCCCGGCGAGAGGAACUUUCACAUCUAUUACCAGUUGCUCGAGGGAGCCAGCCCGGAGCAGCGGGAGAAUUUGGGGAUCACCACCCCAGACUAUUACUACUACCUCAAUCAGUCGGCGGCAUAUAAGGUGGACGACAUGGACGACCUCCAGGAAUUUCGGGAGACUUUGACAGCCAUGGAGGUGAUUGGCCUCUCGGAGGACGAGCAGGCCCUGGUGCUCCAGAUCGUGGCUGGCAUCCUGCAUCUUGGCAACAUCACCUUCCAGGAGUCAGGCAACUACGCCGUGGUGCAGAGUGAAGACUUCCUGGCCUUCCCAUCCUACCUCCUGGCCAUUGACCAGCAGCGCCUUCAAGAGAAACUGACCAGCCGCAAGAUGGACAGCAAGUGGGGUGGCCGGCAGGAGGUCAUCGAUGUCACCCUGAACGUGGAGCAGGCCAACUUCAGCCGAGACGCCCUCGCCAAAGCCCUCUACACUCGCCUCUUCGACUACCUGGUGGAUGCUGUCAACAAGGCGAUGGAAAAGGAGCAUCAGGAAUACAACAUCGGUGUCCUUGACAUUUACGGCUUUGAAAUUUUCCAGAAAAAUGGCUUUGAGCAAUUCUGCAUCAAUUUUGUGAAUGAGAAGCUGCAGCAGAUUUUCAUCGAGCUGACCCUGAAGGCUGAGCAGGAGGAAUAUGUUCAAGAGGGCAUCCGAUGGAAUCCCAUUGACUAUUUCAAUAACAAAGUUGUGUGUGACCUGAUUGAGAACAAAGUGAAUCCCCCUGGGCUCAUGAGCAUCCUCGAUGACGUCUGUGCCACCAUGCACGCCAAGGGCGAGGGGGCCGACCACACCUUGCUGCAGAAGCUUCAGUCGGCUCUCGGCACGCACCCCCAUUUCAACAGUUGGAACAAGGGGUUCAUCGUCCACCACUACGCUGGCAAGGUUUCCUACAACGUGGAAGGAUUUUGUGAGCGCAACCGGGACGUCCUGUUUACAGAUCUCGUUGAGCUGAUGCAGAGCAGUGACAUCCCGUUCAUCCGAGACCUCUUCCCUGAGAGCCUCAGCAUGGAGAAGAAGGGGCGCCCGACCACAGCAGGCAGCAAGAUCAAGAAACAGGCCAACAGCUUGGUGAGCACCCUGAUGAAGUGCAGCCCCCAUUACAUCCGAUGCAUCAAGCCGAACGAAACCAAGAAGCCCAGAGACUGGGAGGAGAGCCGGGUGAAGCACCAAGUCGAAUACCUGGGGUUGCAAGAGAACAUCCGGGUGCGCCGGGCUGGGUACGCUUAUCGGCGAGUUUUCCAGAAAUUCCUCCACAGGUACGCCAUCCUGACGCCGGAGACGUGGCCGUCUUGGCGUGGUGACGAGAGGCAGGGCGUGGUGCAUCUGAUGAAAUCAGUCAACAUGGACCUUGACCAGUUCCAGCUGGGGAGGACCAAGGUGUUCAUCAAAGCGCCUGAAUCGCUUUUCCUUCUGGAGGAGAUGCGGGAAAGGCGCUACGACGGCUUUGCCCGAGUAAUCCAGAAGGCCUGGCGCAAACACGUGGCUGUCCGCAAAAACAUGCAGAUGAGAGAAGAAGCUUCCAACAUCGUCCUCAACAAGAAGGAACGCCGUCACAACAGCCUAAAUCGCAAUUUCAUGGGGGAUUACAUUGGCUUGGAGAACCGCCCGGAGCUCCGCCGCUUCCUGGGCCGGAGGGAGCGUGUUGACUUUGCCGAUACAGUCACCAAGUACGACCGGCGCUUCAAGACGGUCAAGCGGGACCUGAUCCUCACCCCCAAGUGGCUGUACCUGAUCGGCCGAGAGAAGGUGAAGCAAGGGCCAGACAAAGGGGCUGUCAAGGAGGUCCUCAAGAGGCAGAUUGAGGUGGAGAGGAUCCAGUCGGUCUCCCUCAGCACCCUGCAGGAUGACUUCAUCAUUGUCCAUGAGGCCCAGUACGACAGCGUCCUGGAGUCCGUCUUCAAGACCGAACUCCUGAGCCUGCUCUGCAAGCGCUAUGAAGAGAGGACCGGGAAGCAGCUUCCUGUCAGGUUCAGCAACCAGCUGGAGUUCAAGGUGAAGAAAGACGGCUGGGGACCCUGGGGAGCGGCCGGCUCCCGCCAGAUCCAGUUCCAGAUCUGCCAGGGGGACCUGGCUCUGCUCCGCACAAACGGCAAAGUGUUGGUGGUCAGCAUUGGGCCCGGCCUACCCCGCAACGCCCGACCUAACCGGAAGGACUCCAGGAAAAGCCGGUAUUCUGGUGGAGGCCCUGCCCUCGGCUGGAACGCUCAGCCCAGCACAGGCCCACAGUGGGGCAGCCGUGGCCGUGGGACAAGGCCCCCCUUCCAGCAUCGCCACUCCAUCACCCGGCAGGCCAGCAUGGAGCAGCCCAGCCUCCCCCGCCAGGGAGCCAGCCCGCGUGCCCGAGCCUUUCCUGCUCAGUUCGACCUGGGUUUCAUGAACGUCCCUGACCAAGGAGUAGCUGGCCUUCAGCGCCACCUGAGUAAGGAGGCCAAACCCGUCCCGGGAGGAGGCCGGGCCAAGCCUAAACCCAAACCCAAACCCCAGCCAUGCCUUCCGCGGUGCAGGGCGUUGUACGCCUAUGAUGCACAGGACACAGACGAACUCAGCUUCAACGCGAAUGACUUCAUUGAAAUCAUCAGGGAAGAUCCAGCGGGAUGGUGGGAAGGCCGCAUCCGUGGCAAAGAAGGGCUGUUCCCCGGGAACUACGUGGAGAAGAUCUGAAACGGAGGGUGGCACAGCCUCUCUCCUGCCCUGCAAUGAGGCACUGCCUUGCGAGUUUUGCCUGCGGGCCGGAAAAGUGCUGGAGUCACCCCGCAGGACGCUGCAGUGGGGCAGCUCGCUGGCACCCGCAGGAGAGCAAAGAAAGGCGCCCAGGUGACCUCCAAUAGCACCACUCCUCUGUGCCCUCUGAGAGCAGCCAAGAUAACCCACGUGCCUUGCCUUGUACUGGGCAGGAACAAGUCUGCUUACUGCGCGCGCAAACGGCUGUCCCACUGUCCUAAAAUCCGCAUCAGUGAACCCCAGCCUGGUGGACCUUUAACACGGGGGGAAUCGGUAGCUAGGGAAGAAGGAGAGCUCAAAAUAUCUUAAAAUGCAGAAAAGGGGGAAAAAGGGGGGGAGUUUUGUAACGACUGUUUUUAAAAGCCUCCCGCCAAUGUGGCAAAACCUAAAACGGAGAUCGCAGGGGCUUGAGUUUUAAAAUGCGCGGCGGCACGCGAGCCUGGUGUCACCGUUCCCUGCCAACCGCGUGAAUCUAGUCUUCUGAAAGAAAAGAACCACAGCGGGGGAAACCUAUUUGCGGGCAGCUGAGGGAAUGUAGAAAAUGCAAGUGAAAUAAAUUAUGUACGUCAAGGCCCUUUCUGAAAAUGGGUUUUAUUUGUAGCUGCAUUAAAAAAAAAAUCACCUCGUUUUCCCUGGGAAAGGAUUCCAGGACAAACAUUCUCAUAAUUUGCAUCGGGGGCCAAACCCAGGUCACUAUGGCUUCAACAGACCAUGAUUAAGAAAGCAGCCCAGCUUAGCACGAUGCGCAAAUGGAAUUACUGGCCGAAACCACCUCCUCCUGCUGUUCAAGCAGAGAGUCCGUAACUUCAAAGGUGCAAAGGAACCCCGACCAGCUCCGAUUGUGCACCACAGAGACACCGUGUUCGGCCCCUGGGAAAUGGAAGCAAAUGUACUAGAGUAAAAGCCGCUGCGAGAGCCCUUUGCUCUGCGUAAGAGCUGGGAACAGGCUGUGUUGCGGGAGAGGAAAAUUCAUCGAAGGAAGGCCUGGAGGGUUUAAGACCACCAGCCUCUGGCCUGCCAGAGCUGCUGAGAAUCUCCGUGGGGCCAAGGUAACUCUUGCACAAUCCCUACCCCAGUAGUACUAACACAAGCACCAAAUUAACAGGGACGUCCUAAGCAAAUAAUAAGAAAAUCCUCAUUUUAACCCAUCUCCCGCCCUCCUUUUUUUGCCAAGCAGGAAAGGGCCUUUCUCCCCAGAUGCUCUUUCUGGAAAUAAGAAGUUACCACAGUCACUGAACCUGUUUGCUUUCACUCAUUUUUUCUUUUUUGUGUAUGUUACAAGAUUUGUUUAAAGGACGCGCGCUUGGUUAGUCUGCAUUAGUGACAACUCAAAAAACCAAACCAAACCCAAGAAUUAAAAUAGACACAAAUCAAGAGAGACACCCCCCC